CUCUUUGGAUAAGCACCCCUCAUCCAUGGAAUAGGAUAAUCUUGGCUCGCCCAAUCUCAGUUUUUCUGCUUUAAAAUAUUUGGCAAGUCUUGAAUUUGUCUCAAAUGACCUAGAUAUCAGAGCAAAAUGCCACAAGAGACCACACCAAAGUCAACUGCGCCAUGGAUCAUUUCAGUGGCUGUUGCGGCCUUUGCAAUUGGUGUCGCGACAUCUGAUACGAUAAGGAACAUUGUUUUUUACAUUCAGGAUGCGAUUAUGACAUACAAAGGCGGAAAUAUUCCUCAAGUACUGACAGGGCUCCCGCCCCAAGCUCAAUCCAUACCACCAUCGACUUUCACAGCUCUGUCGGUAGUUCCUCCUGAGAGUAUCGCUGAUAUUAAAACCAUAUUCGUUCCACCGGGCUCUACUAUGGAAAGUUUAAAGGAGCGGCCAUUCCAUAUUUACCACCCGGACUUCCUGAAUCUUUUGGGACGAAACCCAACUCUCACGCUCAUCGCUGACGCAGGCACAGAUCCUCUGUUCCAUGAAGCUGUAGUUUGGUACCCCCCUACAGAUGAAGUUUUCAUCGCACAGAGUGCUGGGCCUCUAUCGGCUGGAACUGGACUAAAUAAGUCUAGCGUGAUAUCAAAAAUAUCUUUGAGUGAAGCUAUGGCUGUUUCAAAUGAGCGAAAUGCUGUUGGUAAAGUCCAGGUUCACACUGUUCCGACCGAACCUCCAGUUAUAAACCCCAAUGGAGGAACAAACUACAAGGGUGCUAUACUCUUCACAGGAGAGGGAAUGGGCCCAGAUGUGCCGCCCACGCUCUUCAUAGCAAAUCCAACGGAGCCUUACAACACUUCUAUCCUUGUCAACAAUUUUUUUGGUCGUCAGUUCAACUCCCUGAAUGACGUUUCUGUUAACUACAGAAACAAGCAUAUCUACUUCACCGAUACGGUUUAUGGCUACCUCCAAGACUUUCGGCCAAAACCUGGUCUCCCAAAUCAGGUAUAUCGAUUAGAUCCAGCUACCGGAGCCAUUACUGUCGUAGCGGAUGAGUUUGUGAGCUGUAAUGGCAUCACAUUUUCUCAUGACGGCCGUUACGCAUACAUAACUGAUACAGGUGCUUCCAAAGCUUUCUAUGGCUACGAUAACACGGGCGCUUCGACAAUAUAUCGUUACACAGUAGCAAGAGACGGAACUUUUGAACAUCGGAAAGUGUUUGCAUAUGUUGCGGUCGGUUUUGUAGACGGGAUUCACUGUGACUCUAAGGGCAAUGUGUAUGCCGGCGUCGGCGAUGGAAUACACGUAUGGAAUCCUUCGGGGAAUUUGCUAGGCAAAAUAUUCCUCGGUGAGGCAUCUGCCAACUUUCAGUUUACUGGUGAUGGCCGAAUGGUCAUCGGGGCUGAAACACAUCUAUAUUAUGCAACCCUGGCUGCAAAAGGCGCCCCGAUCUCAUAAUGGUUCAUUAUGUCGUAUCUCAAAAACAUCACUUCAAAACUCAUUAUUAUACACAUCACUUUCUUUAUCUCGCAUCCCAACUGUGGCUAAUAUCGAGAAUUCAAAGCCAUCUUAAUAUUCUACUGCUUCUACUGCUUCUACUGUCUAUUUUUAUAGAUGGACGGACUGUUUCAUAGGCCAUGCCUAGGUGCUGAAUAAUGAUUCCCAAUUCAAACUACGUGUACCUGUC